AUGCGGUUCCCAGUCUUUGGAUCUCGUAGUUUUUCAGCUCUUAGAAAUUCUACGUUAUCAGAAGUUGAGACUGUAAAGAGGAGGAAAAGGGACAUAAUCCCAGUGCCCCAUGGAACCCUCCCAGAACCCAGAGGCCAAGACCUUGAUUACGUGAACAUAGCUUAUAGUCAUCUUGUACACUCCGAUUGGCCUAAGCUAGAUAAGUUAGCCUCUGGUUUGACACCAUUUCGAGUGAAGCAUGUUCUUCUUAAAACACUCAAGGAUCACGUUCUGUCUCUUGAAUUUUUCAAGUGGGUUGAGCUGAAGAACCCCAGUGCAAUCACUCUACAGACGCAGUCGAUUAUUCUGCAUAUUCUGACGAAACAUAAAAAAUUUAAGUCUGCAGAAACGAUCUUCAGGAGGGUUCAUGACAUGAGUUCUGACCCGCUGAAUCUUCCCCCACAAAUUUUCGACGCAUUAGUCUAUUCUUAUAGAAUAUCUGAUUCUUCACCUCGUGUUUUUGAUGCCUUGUUCAAGUUUUAUGCAAAUAUGAAGAAGUUCAGGAAUGCCACAGAUGUAUACCUUCUUAUGAAGGGAUAUGGAUUCUUGCCCAGAGUUGAGUCUUGCAACGCAUAUUUGAGUUCGUUAAUUAGUUUGAAGAGGUUUGGUAUUGCUCUGGGGUUCUUUAAAGAGAUGCAGAAUUCCCAUAUAUCACCGAAUGUUUAUACUCUUAAUAUGGUUAUUGCUGCUUUCUCUAAGUUGGGGAACCUAGAAAAGGGAUUUGAAACAUUUAAAGAGAUGGAGAAGAUGAAUGUUAGUCCAAAUGCUGCAUCCUACAAUACGUUGAUCGCUGGAUAUUGUGAUAAGGGUCUUCUAAGUGUUGGUAUGAAGCUGAAGACUGUGAUGGAGAAGGCUGGAACCGAACCAAAUGAGGUCACCUACAACACACUGAUAAAUGCCUUCUGCAAGGAAGGGAAGUUGCAAGACGCGAGCAAACUUUUCAAGGAGAUGAAAGACAUGAAUGUUUCUCCUGAUUUAGUUACCUAUAAUACAUUGAUCUAUGGGUACAGUCAAGUAAGGGAUAGUGAGACAGCUGGUCUGCUUUUUGAGGAAAUGGCAUCGAAUGGUUUCCAGGCAAAUAUAAUCACUUACAACGCGCUGAUUAUGGGACUGUGUAAAGAGGGCAAGACAAAGAAAGCCGCAUAUCUAGUCAAAGAGCUAGAUAGGAAAAAACUCGUCCCAGAUGCCUCUACCUUCUCUGCUCUUAUCAAGGGGCAGUGUGUUAGAAAAAACUCUGAGCGUGCACUCCACCUCUACAAAAGCAUGAAAAGGGCCGGGUUUUAUCCAAACGAAGCUACAUUUACACCUCUACUAGCCUCGUUGGUUGAAAAUGAAGAUUAUGAUGGAGCUGUUUCCAUUUUGAAAGAGAUGAUAGAAAGAUCUGUUUCCCCUGAUCCAGGCACUUUAACAGAGCUUUGUAAUGGACUUUGUCGAGUUGGCAAAGAGGAACUGUCCAUCCAAUUGUGUAAAGAGAUAGAAGCUAGACAUCUUAUGGCAAAUGGUCUGAAUGACAGAAGCAACAACUUGGGAACAAAUUCGUAA